AUGAGAAAGGUGAACACAUCCCGCUCAGAGGAGGGCGAGCAGCACACAGAAGAAGAGGAGGAUAACGACAAGAAGAACGAGUCAAGCAGAUCUGGAGCUGCGAGGGAAGUUCGGCUGGAUCUUCAAGGAUCUGAGCUGUGGAAGACCUUUCAUGAGAUCGGCACAGAGAUGAUCAUCACCAGAGCUGGGAGGAGAAUGUUCCCCUCGGUCCGAGUCAAGGUGCGCAAUCUGGAUCCUGACCAGCAAUACUCCAUUGCUAUGGACAUCAUGCCUGUGGACUCAAAGAGAUACAGGUAUGUGUACCACAGCUCUCAGUGGAUGGUGGCUGGAAACACGGAUCAUUCCUGUGUUCCUCCUCAUCUGUGUGUCCACCCGGACUCGCCGUCUUCAGGACAGACCUGGAUGAGACAGAUCAUCAGCUUUGAUCAUCUCAAACUCACCAACAAUGAGAUGGAUGACCGAGGCCAUAUCAUCCUGAAGUCCAGGCACAAGUACUACAGGCCAACAAUACACUUCAUACACCACGAGUCCCCUCCAGACUAUGGUGUCUCUUAUAAAAAAUAUAUAUAUCCUUCCUUCUUUCCAAAGUGUUUGAGUGACAGUGUAUUUUCUGGUGUUUUUAAGAUAACAAAACUGAAGAUCGACAGGAAUCCUUUUGCCAAGGGCUUCAGGGAACGAAAUGGAGGCGUGCUGCAUGGGAUGCUGGAGUCGUACUCGUGGCACAGUCCCUUUGACCUCGACUUCAAAUCUCUUGCUAUGGCGCUACAAGGCAAAAAACCUUGUUUAAAUAAAUAUUUAAAUCUGUUAUUAUUUUAGCUCAAAUGUUUCUGUUUUCCAU